CAAAAUUUGAUCUUCGCCGGCAAUACGCUGCAGGACGACCAGACCCUCGAGUUCUACCAGAUCGCGAACGGCGCGACACUCCACCUGGUCUUGAACCUGACCGGAGACAUUGGCGAGUGGCUGGAGCCGUCGGAAGCGGACCGGCGCAUCCUCUUCGACGCCGGCUCCGCCCUCGCCACGCCACCGUCCGAGCAGCAGUAUCACGACCAGUAUCAGGACAGCGUCCCUGUGGCAGCAAACCAACAUUUGAUCUUCGCCGGCAAAAGGCUGCAGGACGACCAGACCCUCGAGUUCUACCAGAUCGCGAACGGCGCGACACUCCACCUGGUGGUC